GCGUGCCUGCAGCUGACCAUAGUGGAACGGUGCGGAUGCAUGGACCACAGCGUGCGAAACUUCAACAUUUCCGGAGUGAAGCGGUGCUGCAGCGGCAGCCAAUGCCAUUCGGAAGCAUGUGUGGCUGAUGUGAAGCAAUUGUACUUCCUGCAUCGGCUGCCGUGUUCCUGUCUUCUACCGUGUUACGAAGCUGUCUACAAGAAAACACUGACUCAUCGAGCAUGGCCCCCUGCUAGGCGAAAGUACCCAAACAGGACGCUGGCAAAGCUGAUCAUCUACCUAGACGGCGAGAAAAUCGAGAAACGCCAGCGCUAUGCCCAGUUUCCCCUAUCCAGUCUGGUAACCACCAUCGGUGGCACAAUGGGCAUCUACUUGGGCCUUUCGUUCGUGACGCUGUUCAGCGUGGUCGACACUGUGGCUACAGCGCUGGCAGGGACAGUCGCCUCGCUCAAAGCCAUGAAAGCGGCGGCCUCCGGACGCGAGUGCUAAGAUGAGCUGUCGGCCUGCUGAACUGAGCCUAUUUAUGGGGCCCUUUGC